AUGUCGUCCGCAAGUGGUGAUGAAAGUGAGAUAUCUUUAAACGAACCCGGUAAGAUGAUAUUUUUGAAAGAAAUCGUAUUCAACAUGGUACAAUAUUGAUAUUUAUUUAUAUUUACAUACAAUUAGAUAAAACGAAACAAAAAUAUUAAUACACCCGGCAGCUGAGCAAAGACCUGCGAACCGCCAUUAAACGAAUGGCGUCUCGCACACGCAUCUAACGUAAAUAUUUCAUUCAAAUUUUGCAUUUUUUUUGUAUUUUCAUUUUUUUCAGUGCGACGCACGAGAUCCAGCCGUACACGUAAAACUACUAUAGUAGCUAAAAAAUCUCCUGUAAAGAAACUUCUAGCAAGAGCGACACGAUCUCCGAAAAAAGUGCAAGAAAUCGAAGAGGUCGAGGAAGAGGAGCCCAUAUUGCAAGAAGAGGUUGUAAUGGAAAGCAUUCCAGAAAAUGGAGUGCAGAGAUUUGGUGACAUUAUUGAACAACAUAGUGAGGAUGAUGCCCCUAUGUUACACUUGGAAUUGGAAGAUUCUGAUGAUACCACUAUUCAUGAAAUCAACAUGAAUCAAAGUGUACAAAUAGGAGUUCAAGAGACUGUACCUGAUUUGGAAACGUCCGCAUCUCAAAUUGAUCAUUCGAACACAGUAUCGGAUUGUAUGAUCAUAGAAGAAAGUAGUAUGGAUAAAGUUGAUAUGUUAAAUGAGCGUGAACAGAUGGAUAUGGAGGGACAGGAUAUUAGUAAUGAUGAAACGAACCAACGUGUAUUGAUAGAUUUUCAAGAAGUUAUGAAUGACGAUGGAGAAACAAUAACACAAGUAACAGAAAUCUUAGAAACAGAGGAAAUUGAAUCUGAAACUGUUAUAAAUGAAGGUACUGGAAUUGAAGUUAUGGAAGUAGAUUGUCAACAAGAAACAUCAGAAAUCAUAGAAAAUAUUACAGAAAAAAUUGUGCCUGAUUAUGAUAUGACAGAAAUGACGGAAAUGACAGAAACAACAGGUGACAUGGAAUUACCUGAAAAUGCUAUUAAAAAAACAGAACCUGAUACAGAGGCUGUAUCUGAAGAUGAGCUGCCUACUGAAGCUACAGCAAAGGAACCUGAAACAGAAGCAGUAUCUGAUGAAGAACUACCAGCAGCUGCUCCUGCAGAUUUAGGAGAAACUGAAUCAGUUUCUGAAGAUGAAUUACCACUAGAUAGUGAAAAGAAAAAGAAAAGUGGAACGAAGAUAAUGAAUAAAAUUCUGGAAAAGAAGAACAAAACAGAGGGAAUAAAUAAACGUAAGUUGAAUGCAGAAGGAGAGUAUGAUCCUAGCUCACCAACGUCUGAAAACAAUGACGAAACCCCGGCAAAAAAAGUUGCACUUUCAACGGAAGUAGAUCCAGGAGAUAGUAAGCAAGAAACUAAACCAGCAUCGCCAAAGAAAAAAACGUUACCAGAAUUGGAAAAAUAUUGGAAAGCCGUUAAUGAAGAUCCAUCGGAUUUCACGGGAUGGACAUAUCUUCUCCAAUACGUUGAUCAAGAAAAUGAUGCUGAGGCUGCACGUGAAGCUUAUACGAAAUUUUUGGAGCGUUAUCCAUAUUGCUAUGGUUACUGGAGAAAAUUUGCAGAUUACGAGAAGAAGAAGGGGAACCCCGAAAAUGUCCAAAGGGUAUUCGACCAAGGUCUGAAAGCUAUUUCACUCAGUGUCGAUCUUUGGCUUCAUUACAUUAACCACUGCAAAACCGUCUAUGAAAAAGAUGAAGAGAAACUUCGAGAACAAUAUGAAAGAGCUAUCCAGGCAUGUGGUCUUGAAUUCAGAUCUGAUCGUCUUUGGGAGAGCUAUAUAAAAUGGGAACUGGAAGGAAAACGUUUAAGCAAAGUAACAGCAUUAUAUGAUCGUCUAUUAUGUACUCCAACACUUGGUUAUAUUUCUCAUUUUGAUGCAUUUCAAGAGUUCGUUUCUUCAAAUUUACCCAAUCGUAUUUUAAAUGUUGACGAUUUUCUUGCAUUGCGUGCUGAAGUGAAAGCACUUCUGAAGUCGGAUGACAAUACUUCUACUUCAGCAGCAGAUGAUGCACCACCUGGCGAAGAACCACCGCCACAUGAACUUCCGCCAACUGAUGAAGAGACCCGUGCUAUUAGAGAAAAAAUUAUUAGUAGUAGACGUAAAAUGCAUAAAGCUAAUAUUAAUGCUGUUGCUGCAAGAUGGUCAUACGAGGAAGGCAUUAAGAGACCAUAUUUUCAUGUAAAGCCUCUAGAACGAUGUCAGUUAAAAAAUUGGAAAGAGUAUCUGGAUUUUGAAAUUGAACAAAAAGAUCAGAAUCGGAUAAUAAUCUUAUUUGAAAGAUGUUUAAUAGCCUGUGCUUUAUAUGAUGAAUUUUGGAUGAGAUUCGUUCGUUAUCUGGAAUCCUUAAAAGGUGAUAACGUGGAAAAAAUUAGAGAUGUGUAUACUAGAGCUUGUAUGGUACAUCACCCGAAGAAACCAAAUUUACAUCUACAGUGGGCAACAUUUGAAGAGGGUCAGGGAAAUUUUGAGAAGGCAGCAAAUAUAUUGGAAAAUAUUGAUAAUGUAAUACCGAAUAUGUUACAAGUGGCAUAUCGAAGAAUAAAUUUGGAACGUAGAAGAGCAGAUUUAGACAAAGCUUGUACAUUGUAUGAAAAUUAUAUUAGCAAUAGUAAAAAUAGAACUAUCGCAAAUAAUAUUGUAGUAAAAUAUGCACGAUUUUUAUGUAAAGUAAAGAACGAUGUGGAUAAAGCAAUCAAAAUAUUAUUGAAGGCAACAGAAAAAGAUAAAGAUAAUCCAAGGCUUUAUUUACAACUGAUUGAUCUAGGAAUGCAAAGAACACCUGUUGAUACUCAAGAAAUUGUAGGAUAUAUGGAUAUGUUUAUAGAACGAGAACACGCUGAUCUUGAACAAAGAGUACUUUUUGCGCAACGUAAAGUAGAAUUUCUUGAAGAUUUUAGUCCGGAUAUUCGACAAGUAUUGAAAGCUCAUGAACAAUUCCAAAAGUGUAUUAAGCAAGCAAAAGAACGGAAAAAGACAAAAAGUGAUGAUACUAAAACAGAUACUUCUCCUCCAAAGAAAGUUAAAACUGGAGAUCAGUCUAAUGUACCACCUCCGCCUUCUGUAAGUUCGCAGUCAUCGUAUCAGUAUAGUAGCGGUCCAAGUGGACCUUAUCAGUCACAGCAACAAUUUCAAAGUGGUCAGUAUGGUGGUCAAGGUGGAUAUCAACAGGGUUAUCAACAGUAUCCACCUCCUUCCGAUCCCAAUUAUGCUAAUUAUCAGAAUUGGCAAUAUGGACAAGGAGGACCACAAGCAUACGGACCGUAUAAUCAAUGGGGAUCUUAUAAUUAUUACUAG